AAAGUAAUAAAUAAUAAAUAAAAAAUAAUAGCAAUCCUUUCCUUAACCUUCACGCCUCCAUUAAAACCUCUUACACCAAAAAACCCUGUUACACUCUCUGUUACUACAUUAUUGUUUUCUCUCUCUCUCUCUCUAGAUCUUCUCUUUCCACCUCUCUCUCUCUCUUACGCAUUGAAAAUCCAGAAAAAAACAACGUUUGGAGAGGUUAGAUUCUCCUAAUUUCCUCACCAAACAGCACUAGCGUUUGCCUCCUUCUUCCCCUUCAGUACUCAUCUGUUUAUAUAAAUGCCGCUCUUCUCCUCCACGCUUUCUCAGGCAAACCCAACACAGUACUUUCUCUCUCUACUUUUUCCAGUACUAGUACUGUACUGCUAGAGUUUGUUUCUCUCUCUAGAAUAACCCAAAACCUAGCUCUAGCUCACUUUUCUAUAAUGGGUUCUCCUUCUUUUCAUGACAAAAAAAGAGAACAGAGCAGAAACUGCGUGUUCGUGCACGGCCCCAUAAUCGUCGGCGCCGGCCCCUCCGGCCUCGCAACCGCCGCCUGCCUCCACCAGAACGGCGUCGGCUCCGUCAUACUCGAGAGGAGCGACUGCAUAGCUUCUCUCUGGCAGAACAGAACCUACGACCGCCUCAAACUUCACCUCCCCCGCCAAUUCUGCGAGCUCCCCUACAUGAAUUUCCCCGACAGCUUCCCGAAGUAUCCGACCAAGCACCAGUUCAUCUCUUACAUGGAGUCCUACGCCGACCGCUUCUCCAUCAAACCGAAAUUCCGGCAUUCCGUCACGGCGGCGGAGUACGACGACGCGGCGGGGCUGUGGAGGGUGGACACUCACACUCACACACAGGAGGAGGACUUAGUGCAGUACUGCUCGAGGUGGCUGAUCGUGGCCACCGGAGAAAACGCGGAGCCGGUGAUGCCCGAGAUUCAAGGGAUUGAGAAAUUCAAAGGACCCGUUUUGCAUACGAAUGUGUACAGAUCCGGAUCCGAAUUCGCGAAGCAACGGGUCCUGGUUAUCGGGUGUGGGAAUUCGGGUAUGGAAGUUAGUUUGGAUCUCUGCAGAUAUAAUGCUAGCCCCCACAUCGUCGUCAGAAACUCUGUGCAUAUAUUGCCUAGGGAGAUGUUCGGUAUUUCAACUUUUUCACUAGCGAUGAUGCUACUAAAAUGGCUGCCGUUAAACCUAGUCGACAAGUUUCUUCUCACGGUGGCCAAUUUCAACCUCGGAAAAACCGAACGUUUAGGUAUCCGCCGCCCUAAAACCGGCCCCAUCGAACUCAAGAACGCCACCGGAAAAUCGCCGGUUCUUGAUGUUGGCGCCCUUUCCCAAAUCAAAGCCGGCAAAAUUAAGGUGGUGGAAGCAGGAGUGAAGGAAAUAACAAAGAAUGGGGCAAAAUUCAUGGAUGGUCAAGAAAAAGAAUUCGACUCUAUAAUUCUGGCAACCGGGUACAAGAGCAAUGUGCCCACUUGGCUCAAGGGAAGUGAUUUUUUCACUAAAGAUGGAAUGCCGAAAUCACCAUUCCCUAAUGGUUGGAAGGGGGAGAAGGGAUUGUAUGCGGUGGGGUUCACCAGAAGAGGGCUGCUCGGUACAUCAGCGGACGCUGUUAAUAUUGCCAGAGACAUUUCUCAACAAUGGACGAUGAUCAACAAAAGAUUCCCUUAACAGAGAAAAAGAUACUGAAAUAAUAAUAAAUAAUAAAAAUAGAGAAAACGUAUUAGAGUGAACAACGCUUUUAGGCAGAACCAGUCAGUUUUUUUUUUUUUUUUUUU